AUGCAUGUGUUCAUCCAUCCCACUGGAAACGUAAAACGCGAAGCCGUGUCGCGCAGCGUGGCCGUCGACGAGGACGAGGUGCUCGUCGACACCCACUCCGCCGCCUCCGCCGCCGCCGCCGACCCCCUUGCCGCCCCCGGCGCCGGCCGCGCGCGCGCGUCCCGGCUGGCUCUGGACGUCGUCAGCGGGGUGCCGUUUGACCUCAUAGCUUAUGUCGGGCUGGUGACACUCGGCCGCAUGGAGCCCGGUGAGGCGGCGGCGGUGGCGGGGCCGCUGAAGCUGCUGCACCUGGCGCGGCUGUACCGCGUGAGGUGGUUCUUCAGGUACCUGGAGUAUGACCAAAACAUGAGCCUGCUGGGGGUCACUGUGGCGCGCAACCUGAUGAUUGUGGCGUACCUGGCCCACUGGGUGGCCUGCGGCUUCGAGGGCUACGCCCGCGGCGCCGGCUUCGACCCCAACGUGCUUGUUGGCACGAACCCGGCGCUCUUCGCCAGCGUUACUGGCGCCGACAGAUACGUCUACAGCCUGUACUGGGCUGUGACCACCCUGGCCGGGAACGAGUGGAACGACACUGAGGGUGUAGACAACAUGGUGCAGAUCGCGGCCAACGCCGCCAGGGCGGGGGUCUUCCUGCUCUUCAACCUCGCACUGGGCGCCUAUAUCCUGGGGACACUGACGCUCCUAGUGGUCAAGGCGGACGAGCGCACGGGCAGGUACCGCGACAUGAGCGCCAACCUGCGGGCCUACAGCGCGCUGAACAACCUGCCCCAGGACCUGAAGGACACCAUGCAGGAGCACCUGCGCCUGUCAUUCAGCAGCAGCGACGCCAGCGACGACCAGGACGCCCUGCUGACCUCGAGCCGCCUGGAGCUGUUCAAGCAGGGGGUGGACAUCGUCACCGCGGGCGACAGCGCAAACGAGCUGUACAUGGUGGUGUCAGGGCGCGUGUGGAUGAGGUCCCCCCUGGACACUGACAGCAGCAUGACGGGCGACAACGAGCUGGCCUUCUGGGGGGAGGAGGACCUCAUACCCGCGGUGGCAGGCGGCAGCAGGAGCCCCGGCAGCAUGCACGGCAGCAGGGACGGCCCGUUCUCCGCAGUCGGCGGCCUGACCCCCGUGCUGGGCAGCCCGGGGGAGUGCGACGACGGCGGCGCGGGGCGGGGGGGCUUUGCAGUCCCCUACAUUGGGGAGGAGCGCGAGGCGGGCGUAGGGGAGACGUUUGGGGAGCUGUCCUUCUUCACAGAGAUCCCCCAAAUGACGACCGUCAGGGUCAGUGUGUCUCCGCAGUCUGGAGCAGCCGUGCCGUCGACGCUACAUGCACCCUGA